AUGAGCCACCGACACCCGACUCAGCAGCGGGGGCCGGCGCCGGCGGCGGCGGAGAAGAAGAAGAAGAAGAGGUUGACCGGCACCAUCGGCGGCAGCGGAUCUCCGCCAUCCCCGCCCGUCGACGCCGCGGCCGCCCGGAGCCCGGAGCGCAGUCGCAGCCGCAGCCGCAGCCCGAGUGGGGGCGCUGUAGACGGAGGGCGGCGAGCGGGCGGCCCGGAGGAGGGCGGCGGGCUGGCGGAGCGGCAACCGGCCGAUGGUGUCCCCCCCGACCCCGACCCCCCGCUCCCCACCUCGCCCGCCGACGGCGCACCGUCCCUGGGCGGCAGCAGCAGCAGCAGCGGCGGCGGCGGCGGCGGCGGCGGCAUCACCCCCACCUGCAGGAUCUGCUUCCAGGGCUCCGAGCAGGGUGAAUUGCUGAGUCCCUGCCGUUGUGACGGCUCUGUACGGUACUCCCAUCAGCCGUGCCUUUUGAAGUGGAUUAGUGAACGAGGGUCAUGGAGCUGUGAGAUUUGCUGUUACAAAUAUCAUGUGGUGGCAAUAAGAAUGAAAAGACCUUGCCAGUGGGAACCCAUCACAGUGACGUUGGUGGAGAAGGUGCAAAUAAUUGCAGUGAUCCUUGGUUGCCUCUUUCUGAUAGCAAGUGUGACCUGGCUCUUAUGGUCAGCCUUCAGCCCUGCUGCAUUGUGGCAGAGAAGAGACAUCUUAUUUCAGAUCUGCUACGGGAUGUACGGCUUCAUGGACCUUGUUUGUGUAGGACUGAUAAUUCACGAAGGAACAGCACUCUAUCGGGUGUUCAAACGCUGGAGGGCCGUGAAUCUGCACUGGACGGUGUUGAAUUACGACAAAUCGAAAGAUUUGGAAGUCAGCAGUGGCACGGCCGAGCGAACGGUCAGCCAGAACAUUUGGUCGUCGCUGAACCAGAUGAGAAGGCAGCGGCCGGCAGCUUCCACCAGGCUGAUGACAGAACAGUUCCAAUGCAGCUACACCUUGUUGCAUCUACUCACUCGCCUCAGGCCGCACGAUGAGGACGAUGACGAGGACAACAGCUCUGCCGAGGUGGUCAUGAGGGUAACGACGGUAUGAAAGUGCGCUCCUCAUGUCCAGAGAACUCACCAAAUACAUAUGUUUAUUCCUGCCUUUGUACGCCCACAUCAAACAAGUAUACGGGAUAAAGAAAUGUAAUAUAUUUAAAAAUCCUUUUAUAAAUAAAAUGCAUGCACUUUUGAUAUGGUGCAUACCUACCAGUGUAA